AUGGGAUAAAAAGGUAGUAAAUAGAAUAAAGAAAAGAAGGCAAGGAUAGAGCAAACCUUAAAAGAAGAAUAAUAAGUUGACACUUCUAACUUUAAGAUUUCUAACCAAGAGCUCAUUUUCGAAAAAUAUGGUAGAAUUCAAUAAGAAUACACCCUCAUGAAUGUUCCCUUGGGUAAAGGUUCUUAUGGAGAAGUACGUAAAGGUGUUCAUAAAAAAACAGGCUAGCAAAGAGCAGUAAAAAUUAUUGAUAAAAGCUAAUGCAAGCCCGAAGAGUAAAAAUAACUCAUUGAAGAGUUUAACAUCCUUAAAUAAUUGGAUCACCCUAAUAUCAUCAAAGUUUACGAAGUUUUCUAAGACAACAAAUUCUUAUACAUAGUUACUGAAUUAUGUACUGGUGGUGAACUCUUUGAUAGAAUCAUAGAAUACAAGCACUUUAAUGAAAAAGAAGCAGCUGAUGUUAUGUACCAAAUCUUAAAUGCAAUUAAUUAUUUACACAAAAACAAAAUUGUUCACAGAGAUCUUAAGCCAGAAAAUUUAUUGCUUGAUUCUAAAAACAAAGAUUCUAUCCUUAAGCUUGUCGAUUUCGGUACUUCUACAGUUUUUGAUCCUUCUUUGAAAAUGAGCUAAAAGCUAGGUACUCCUUAUUACAUUGCCCCUGAAGUUCUCAGACAUAAGUAUAACGAAAAAUGUGAUGUCUGGUCUUGUGGAGUUAUUAUGUAUAUUCUUUUGUGUGGUUAUCCUCCUUUCAAUGCUGCUAGAGAUGAAGAUAUUAUGAAAAAAGUUGAAAAAGGAGUUUUCACAUUCCCUAAAGAUGACUGGAAAGAUAUCACAAUAGAGGCUCAGCAAAUGAUUUGCAAAAUGCUUACUAUGGACCCCUAAAAGAGAUAUUCUGCUGAAGAAGCUCUUUAGGAUCCAUGGAUUAAGAAGUUUAGAUAAUAAUAAUAGGUAGAUAUGCCCAACUUAAUUAGAUCUUUGAAUAAUAUGAAAACAUUCAGAGCUGGUAAGAAAUUACAAGAAGCUGUAUGGAUGUUUAUCGUUAACUAUUUAGCUACUAAAGAAGAAAAGAAUGAACUAUUGAAAACUUUCUAGUCUUUAGAUACCAACGGAGAUGGUAAACUAAGUAGAGAAGAACUCAUUAAUGGUUAUUCUAAAAUCCUAACCAUGGAAAAUGCCAUCAAGGAAGUAGAUAAAAUUAUGAAAGUUAUAGAUAAAAACGAUAAUGGUGAUAUAGAUUAUUCUGAAUGGGUUGCUGCUACUAUUUCUCGUGAGUAGCUGUUGUCUGUAUAAAGAUUGGAAAUGGCCUUUAAUAUUUUUGAUAAGGAUGGUAGUGGUUCACUCUAGUUAAGUGAAUUUAAAGAAAUCUUUGGAGGAGCAGGAGUUUCUGAAGAUGUAUGGAAGGCUGUCAUCAAAGAGGUAGAUAAAAAUGGAGAUGGUGAGAUUUCCUAUCAAGAAUUCAAAGAGAUGAUGCUUAAAUACAUUAAGGAUGAAGAGUGA